CUUAAUUCAAGCUCUAACGCAGGAACAACAACCCCCGCUCUCUUCCUCGACAUGUAUAAAAAGCUUUCUCCACCGAUCGAUCACCGCACGCCCUCUCUAGCAUCUCGAGAAGCCCAAUCCAUAAGGAAACUAAUAACAAUGGCGAGAACUCUCGAGGCCGCCGCUCUCGUCGCCACCGCCCUCUGCCUUUCCUCCCUUCUCGGCUUCGCCUAUGGCCACGAGAAGCUCGACGUCGUCGGCAAAGUCUUCUGCGACACCUGCCGCGUAGACUUCGAAACCAAAGUCAGCUACGGUCUAGCAGAUUCCAAGGUCCGCCUGGAAUGCCACAACCGUACCUCCGGGGCCCUCACCCUGUCGGCCGAGGCGGUCACCGACAAGACGGGCGAGUACAGAUUGGAGGUCGAGGGGGACCACGAGGAGGAGAUAUGCGAGGUGCAAUUGAUCGAGAGCAGCGAGCCCGAGUGCAGCAGCCUCCUGGAAGGCGCCGUGCACAACGCUCGAGUGGCUCUCACCAAUAAGAACGGCGUCGCACAGCCGGCCCGCUUCGCCAACGCGCUCGCCUUCGCCAAGAAGGAGACCCUGGCCGACUGCGCCCAAGUCCUCCUCGAGAUGGGCGUCUUGCCGCCGGGCCUGGGGCAAUGAUCAGACAAAAGGAUGAGGACCAGAUGGUGGCUGGGGCGGGCCACUCUCGCCAAUAUUCUAAAAUAACCAAAAGUUGUGGGAGAGAAUUUCAAUUUCCAAAUUUGUGGGCAAUCCUGAGGCUGUGUCAUUGUAUGCGACGUCCAUGAAUUUAUAA